AUGGAUAUCCGUUCAUUUUAUUCUGUGGUAAAUGUUAAGGCCCAGAAGGCUGAUAUGGCAAAAAAGCAGCAACAAGAAAAAGGUCAGCCUGGUACGUUUUCAUCCUUUGAGGAGGGUGAAACGUUUGAGAAGGAUCAGGAUGAUGUUGAAUAUGACACUGCUGAAAUAAUAUCAGAUGAUGAUGAACCUUCAUUCCACAUUGAAGAGCCAAGCACCUCCUCACAAAGCAAUAUCCAACACAGUACUUAUGAAGAGGAUUUCAGUGAAGUUGAACCACCACAGAGUGCACAAACAUCUGCUAGCACUGAAAAAACAACAAUACAUGGACCAGAUGAUAUCAGCCAGUGUGCUACUGAAGGGCCAAGACAGCCUGUAUUGAAAAAAUACCCACAGAAACAAGUGGGAACACGCUUCAGGUCAUUUAGACCACAGUGGUUUCAGUCAUUUGAAUGGCUGGAGUAUUCUAUUUCCGAGGAUGCAUCGUACUGUUUCCCAUGCCGUUUUUUUUUAACUUCAAAAUUUUUCUACGGGUAUGUUAAAAAAGUACCAUUUAUAAACAUAGGGUACAAAAACUGGAAAAAUGCAAUUGUAACAGGUAAAGGAAUACUACAGCAUGAGAGGUCUGCUUCACACAAAGAUGCCGAUGUCAGAUGGGAGGAUUUCAAAAAGAGUGUAAGCCAGGAUACAUCAAUCAUGAAGGAUCUAACUAAAGCACAUACAAGAGAGGUGAAUGAAAUAUACAUUACACAUAUAGCACAAGUUUUGUUGCUAACAGCCAAGACCAAAAUUGCCCAGCGAGAACAUCGGUGCAACUCAGAUGAUGUCAGUCAUGGAAAUGUACGUGAAAUUCUUUAUUUAAUUGCAGAAAAAGACAGCAUUGUCAGGAAAAAAAUUAGAGGACCAAGAAAUGCAAGAUAUUUACAUCCAUCUAUCCAAAAUGAACUUCUGUCAAUUAUGGCUGCUCUUGUUAGAGAAGACAUUGCACAGAGCAUUAAAGGAAGUCCCUUUUCCAUUAUUGCAGAUGAAACUAAGGAUCUGAGUAAAACAGAACAACUGUCUGUCAUAGUCCGAUUCUUUCAUCAGAUGGUCCAUGAACGGUUCUUAAAAUUCUACCGAGCAGAUAGCCUUGACGCCAAGUCUAUCAGAAUAUAUAUUCCAUGUCCUAACAUCUCUAGGCAUUGA